CAUAACCUCACAAACAUUUAUCAAUAACAAAUGGUGUAAUCGGUUACAAAAUAUUGAAUAAUUGAUAACAUGCAGCGGUUUUCGCGAUUUUUAACUUAUCAGCCAUGAGUGCCGUAAGUCCCGAAUCACAAUUAUUAAAAAAGAAACAAUAUUCGCUACUGGACCUGGUCAAAUAUGAACCACUUGUCGCCGGAACCACCGCGGGGGUAACCGCCACCCUCGUAUUGCAUCCCCUCGAUGUCGUGAAAAUCCGGUUCGCGGUUCACGAUGGGAUACACAACACCCCCAAGUAUACUGGAGUAUGGAACGCUUUUUCCACGAUUUACGUCAAGGAGGGCUUCCGGGGAUUAUACAAGGGAGUGUUGCCCAAUGUGUGCGGUGCAGGCUCUUCUUGGGGACUUUACUUCUUCUUUUAUAGUGGACUAAAGAAGUUUUUACAGGAUGGAAACGUUAAUACCGCACUUGGUCCUGGAACGCACUUAUUAGCGGCAGCACAAGCUGGAUUAGCCACUUUACUUAUAACUAAUCCACUUUGGGUGGUAAAAACAAGGUUAUGCUUGCAAUUUAGUGAGUCUGAUGUACACUUAAAGCCCCAACAAACAUAUACUGGAAUGUUGGAUUGUUUAAAAAAAAUAUACAAAAACGAAGGUGUACUGGGUUAUUACAAAGGACUAGUGCCAGGGAUUUUUGGGGUGUCCCAUGGGGCUGUACAGUUCAUGGUUUAUGAAGAGAUGAAAAACCAGUAUCAACAUUAUUAUGGCUUACCUAUCAGUAAAAAGCUUGGCACUUUGGAAUAUCUAACAUUUUCAGCCAGUUCUAAAUUAAUAGCAGUUCUAGCGACUUAUCCCUAUCAAGUAGUGAGGGCUCGGCUUCAAAAUCAACACUAUUGCUACGAUAACGCCACUGAUUGUGUACUAAAAAUUUCAAAAUAUGAGGGAUGGAAGGGGUUUUAUAAAGGGUUGAAAGCGAACUUGAUUAGGGUGAUACCUGCCACAAUGAUCACAUUUGUUGUAUAUGAAAAUGUUUCACAUUUCUUGCUUAGACUGGACAAAAGGGAUUCUUGAUAAAUUAAAAAAUUGUUGUUUUUUGUUAUAUAUUUUUUUUACCAAUUAUAUUGCGGCUGUGUAUUAGUUUGUUUAAUUAUUGUGACCAGUUGAUUAUUGUUAGUUAAGAAUAAAAUGAUUGUGAUUAUAAA